AUUAGCAUCGGUGGCGUACUUGAGUUGUAGACACGACAGGAAAAGGACCUAAACCUGGGUUAAAUAUUUUCCUCAAUUUUAACCAUAUUUUAGAUUCUCCUGCCUGGAAAGGUAUUGCAUCAUAAGAUGGCUUAUAGUUCCCCUACCUUAGCAGAAUUCCAGGAACACUUCCGGAGUUCUGCUGAUAGAUCACGUCUGCGUUCAGCUCGCAAUGGAAUCCCAAGUCCAGCUCACAGUGCACAUGGUGUUUUAAUCAGGACAUCGCUCCAGAAACGCACAACGGACAAGAAAGCUAAAAAGGUGCGUUUCUACAGAAACGGGGACAGAUUUUUCAAAGGCAUUGUGUAUGCCGUAUCUCCAGAGCGUUUCAGGACAUUUGAAGCUUUAUUAGAGGAUUUAACAAGAACUCUUUCUGACAAGGCACACUUACCGCAAGGAGUAAGGCAUGUCUUUACUAUCGAUGGCACCCGUAAAGUCACAAGCUUGGAUAUGCUUCGACCAGAAGAAAGCUAUGUGUGUUCGUCGCAGGAUAUCUUCAAGCGUAUGGAAUACUCAAGAAACAAUGAUCCUGCAUGGAAGGUAGGAUCAGCCAGGAAGGAGAAAGAUGGGCGGGACAGUAAUACACCUCUCCCACGGACAACAGACGGUUUCAUCGAUGAUGGGAGAGAUUUUAUUAAACCAAGGCUUGUUACGGUUAUCAAGAGUGGAGCAAAACCCCGCAAAGCUGCCAGGAUCUUGCUCAAUAAGAAGACGGCACAUUCCUUUGAGCAGGUCCUAACAGAUAUCACUGAGGCUAUCAAGUUAGAUUCUGGUGCUGUACGCAAGCUUUACACCUUAGAUGGAAGACAGGUAAGAUUAUAGUUUACAGUCUGUGCAAAUUACUUUGGGAGGGCAAGAAAAUGAUAAUGGUGAUUUCAUUUAUUGCAUUGCAACAUGGUUUUGAGAAAAUGGUGUGUGAAAAUCUUCCAGUAGCUUUACUGACAAGUGACAAUUAUCUGUUAUAUUUAACUAUCUGCUAAGUAUAUAUUUACCUUACACUCACCUGUAUUUAAUAAAAGAGGAUGCUUAUUCAGCUUGUUCUAAUAAGAGUGGAACAAAAAGGGGCUGGUCAACUGGUGUCAGAUCUUAAACAUAAAUUUUGAAUAAUCAAAUUUGUAAACAAUUUCAGUGUUUGGUAAACUCUUCCACUUGCUUAAGUACAGACAUAAAAUAUACAGAUAUUGCCUACCUUUAUAAAAUUUCAUUCCCGAUAGAGUUAUAUUUUUCCCAAGCAAGGGGAUAUAUUUUACGUGUGCAGCGCUGAGGGAAAAUAUUCUCCCUAGGGAAAAAUGUAGCUUCGUAGGGGAGUUGAAAUGUUAUUUAUCAAAAAGAUAGACAAGGCAAUUUCUGUUAUUAUAUAGUCCAUGUAGAUUCGCCAUCAGAGACUGCAUUCGUCAUAUGGUUACAUGUACAUGUAUAUGAUUAACCAAAAAUUCUUGCUGCAGCUCUGAUCCAUUUACAUCAUAAUAGAAAAUUUUUGUGAAAAUACAACAAGCGUGCUUCAUGCAAUUGAUGCGUAAACACUAGCGCGUACAUCAACUACCUAAUUACACAACUUGUAAGCAGCGAGCGUUGUCUCCUUCCCACCGCAGUUUACAAUACAACGCAGUUGAGGUGACAUCAACACCUAGAAUAUAACAAAUGCGAUCCUCAGAGCUAUGGUUACGUGAUGGUGUAUUGACCUAUCACUGAUUUAAAUCUACAUCACCUAUGUGAUAUGAAUUACUUUGGUAUUGAUGACAUUGACAACAUUUAUUUCAAAAGGUUGUACAUAAUACAAACCUAUCACAGAGAUAUUACACACUGCAAAUUUUUCUGGGAUCAGAGUUUCAAACUGGAAUAUAUUUUAAAAAGAAUUAUUUUUACAUUGCAUUUUACAGAACUUGGUCAACUUGUACUUCAUUGAUUGAGAGAAAAAAAACAUACCAGCUAACCAACUUACAAAUUACAGGGGGCUUCCCCUUUAUGUGUAUAUUCUAACUUAUUAAGUUAGGUCUAACCAUUGUGUUAAAGUUGUUUCCCAGUUAUGUGUGAUAAGAUGUUUACUUAUAACCCCGUGAAAUAUGUCCAUUGUCCAAUCUGUGUCCUGGUUCCUUGUUGAACUAAAUGUGGGCCUAUAUUUAUAGAUGGAGAUGAAACAACUGCUUUUACAAUAUCCAUUAAACAACUAAAGCUUAAAACACUGCUUCUCUGAGAUUGAUCAUGAAGCAUGGAACUUCCUUUCCAGUUCCAAUGCAACCCAUGAAAACGCAGUAAAGAUUGAUAGAUCAAUAAGCAUGUUUUACUUUUAAAAAUGCAAGAACAAUAAGGAAGAGGAGAAGCAGAAAAUAAGCUCUAGAAAGAAGAGGAAGAGGAGAUGGAUAAGAGGGGGGGGGGGGUGGAGAAGGAAAAAUAUGAAGUUUGAGAGAAGGUACAUGUAGUUGAUAAUAAGAGAACGAAGAAUUAAGUUCUUGUACAAGGUGGAGGAGGGGCGAGUACGAAAUAAUAAAGAGAAUACGAGUUACAUGUAAACCCAAAUAAGAAAUGUUUUCAGUUGGGAGGUGUAUCCAUUAUCUGAGUCAACAAAAUUAACUUGUUUUUUAAGUUACUUUGGCUCAUAUUGAGUCAAUUUUCAAUUGAUGUACAAAAAUGUUGAGCUGACUUCACACUGACAUUCACUGAUUAUUCCUAGUCAAAUUGGAAUCUGCAGAAUGAAUGUACAUAAACUCUUUAACAGAUGGAAGGAAAGCAGAAAUACAUGUACACUGUACAUGUAUCAGUGUAUGUAGAAAGCAGAGGAAGGAGACUUUUCAAACAGUAAUGAAUAGAAAUGAAAUCAUGUUGAAUUAUGGAUGUAAAAUUGUUUUUUCCACUAUGCUUUUCCUUAACAACAAGGCUUAUUUAAAUAUGAUGCAUUCAUUAUGUUUUAAACUUAAAUUUCAAAACAUGAGUUCUAUUACUGAGGCAGGAAACAAGUUAAAAGAUGGUAUAUAAUAUGCAAUAUUUAUGAAGUAACUCUAGUUUAAAAUACAAUGUCCCAUCUUACAGUCUGACACUAUCUGUCUCAGGUGCAUGACUGUCGUUCCUUUUUUUAGUAAAAAAUUGUUUUCCAUUUGAUGAAAUUUGCCAAAUGUGCAUAUAAACAAUCCAAGAAAAGCUGCUGAUGCUUGUACAUUUGUUGUCUUUGCAGCAGCGAGUUUCGUCAUUUAAUUUCCGCGAAUUGAGUGAUCCACUAGGCUAGCUUUUGUUUUUAGCAGUGAAUCUGUGUCAGUAUUAGUCAUCGUGUGUUAUUGGUUUGAGAGCUGAAGAUAGUUGAUGACAAGCAUAGUGAGUCACCAGUAGGAUCUAUGGAAUGGGAUGGAUGAGUGAUGCAAGGAUGACUGGUUACAGAGAUGGUUAGGAGGGAGAUGGAGAGAAGAGAUGGACAGAGGAUUUUAGAUGGUUGAUGUGAUUUUAAACAGAAAGAGAGGAGGGGGGAGUGAUGAACAUGUGUACAUCAGCUCGUUGAACCAAGAUUGCAAGACGAUUUUGUUGGCUUUUUUGUCAUGGGUUUUUAUAUUAUAUGUAAUCUAUUUAAUGUGGUUAUUCCAUGGGAGAACAAUUUUGAAAUAUAUUUACCAUUUUGUUAUACGUUCAAAAUUGGUAUGAAACUAAAAAAAUGACAGACAGUUCUGCUUAUAAUAUAGUUCAAGCAGAAUUGUCAUGUUAUUUUAUAUCAUAAAAAAGUGUAGAUGAAUGAAGAUGAAUAGAAAGAUGUAGGUAAAGAAUUUUAUUUACAAAGGGAUAGUGAAUAUAUGCCUCAUUGAAGAAAAAUUAUGACAUGGUCAGCUUUCCAUUUUUGGGAUUAAUGGGAAAAAUUCAAUAUUGUUCUUCCUAUAACACAAGGUUCAAUUGGUCUGAUGUAAAAUAAUUACAUUGUCAGCUUUCCAUAUUGGGGAUUGAUCGGAUCCAUUGCAAAGUGUUCUUCUAAAGACAAGGUUCAGGUGGUCUGUUACUCUGAUGAAAAAUUAUGACAUACAUUGUCAGCUUUCCAUAUUUGGGAUUUGAUCGGAACAAUUGCAGUGUUCUUUCUAUAAAAAGACAAGGUGUAGUUGGUCCUUUGUUGAGCUUUAAGAAGGAAAAUAUAUUUUGGGGCCUUGUAGCAUAAAAUACAAUGAUUUGUAUUUUAAAUAUUGCAUAAAUAUGUGAAAAAUCAUGUAGGCCUACAUGUACUAACAGUUUCAGUCAAUGGUUUAUAAAGACACCCCAUUUGGUUUCAGAGAUGGUAAUGGUAGAAUAAAGAUGCUACAUGGUGAAUUUGUAUUGAUGCAUGAAUUAUUCGGUAAAAUGCAUGGCACGAAAUGUAGGAAAUGAGAUGCAGAUGGAAGGAGAAAGGUCAGAUUAACAUGAUACCAACAUGAUCAGAGAUACCUCAAGGGGUGAAGGAUGAGAGAAACUGACAUGCUAUAUAUAGUACCGGUAAGCUUUCCUCAGUUUAAAAAAUUGCAAUAUGAAAGGACAAGUCCACCCC